AUGGUUCAAGGAAAUAUCGAAUGUUUUGAACAAAAUCCAAGAAACUCUAUAGAAGACAGUAACGUUGAUUUUGAAGAUGAAGCACCAGAAGUUAUAAUACCUCAAUUAUUGGAAGAAAGAGCUGAAGAGGACGAGUCCAAUUUCAAUGCCCAAGCAAAUUUUGAUUUAUAUUCUGUAUUUUCUCAAAUAUCCCAGGAAACAGGCUCAGAUAUAGAUGACUUACCCUUUAGGAUAACAAAAGAAGCAACAACAACUCUAAUAUGUGCCACUUUUGGCGGUCUUUUGUUUGGAUAUGAUACGGGUGUCAUAUCAGGUGUUUUGAUAGAUAUUAAACCAGAUGAUUUACAUUUGCCCUAUAUUUCAGAUUUACAUAAAGAAUUGAUCACCAGUGUGACAUGUUUAGGUUCUAUUGUAGGGAGUAUACUAAGUAAUAAAUUAUCAGACACAUACGGCAGGAAACCAACCUUUAAAUAUUGUAUGUUUAUUUUCAUUGCUAGUUCUGUUAUAAUGUUUUUGUCUUUCAACUUGCUACAACUAAUUAUAGGCCGUUUUUUAGUGGGUGUUUCCAUUGGUGUGGCUACUCAGGUAGGCCCCUUAUACCUAUGUGAAAUUUCACCCAAUAAAAUAAGAGGCGCUCUAAUGACUUUAAACACUAUUGCUAUCACUGGUGGCCAGCUACUAGCCAACCUUUUAUCACUACUACUCAUCAAAGGAAACACCGAAAGCAUAAACAUCAAUAACCGCGGACAUCAUAAAUGGAGAAUCCUAUUGUUAUUAUCGUCUAUACCUGCUAUAUUAGUUUUAAUUUUAUUACCAUUUUCACCUGAAUCACCCAGAUAUUUGGUAUCCAAAGGGUUAUUAAAAGAAGCACAUGACUCUUUAAGUUUAAUAUAUCCAUAUGCUACUAGAGAACAAGUUGAUUAUAAAUUAUAUAGGAUUGUUAAGGAUAUUUUAAAAUUAUCAAAAUAUUCUCGUUCCUAUUUACUACCGUCAAUAGUUUCUCAGAAUAACGAAAACACUAGUAACAAUAACACCGGCACCAUCAGUAACCCCCGCUACAGUGAUCCUAAUCCCGGUGCUCUUAUCAAUUUACCAUUUACAGAUGGAACUCCCUCAAUUCUACCAACAUCACAUAUCGACGACGAGGAGAAUUCCACCACGCCAUUAUCAAGAAAUAUAGUUUUCAGACAAAACUUUUUACGAAGAUCUAGUGACAUUCGAUUGGAUUUAUCUUUACUUCAAAACUUAUUGCAAAAACAAUUAAAUAACCCCAAUAAUUAUGAUGGUAAUAUUUGUGAUCCAAGAACUAAAAAGGCUUUAACUGUUGGUUGUAUCUUGAUGUUUUUCCAGCAAAUUGUUGGAUUUAACGCUUUUAUGUAUUACAGCGCCAUAAUUUUUCAACCACUUACUUCAAACCCAUUAGUUCCUGCAGUUAUUGUAGCUUUCACAAAUUACAUUGGAACGUUGUUUGCUCUAAAUUAUAUCGAUAACAUAGGAUCUAGAAGAAUGCUACUAUAUACUAUACCAGUCAUGGCAUUGGGUUUAUUAUUAUCUUCCUAUGCUUUCGAAGAAUUUCGUGCGGACGAUAAGGAAAUUUUAAGAAUAUUAUUAGUAGCAUUGACCAUUUAUGUUUUUGGAUAUGCAGCUGCAAUGGGUAAUGUCCCUUGGAAUAGCGUAUCUUUUUUACCCCUAAAUAAAAGAAGUUUUGGUUCUUCAUGUAUAUCGGUAGUUAAUUGGAGCACCAAUUUCUUUGUUUCUAUAACAUAUUUAUCUUUUAUGAAUUACAUGGGGAAAUCAUGUACAAUGCUUUUUUUUUUAUUCAUGACUAUAUUGAGUUGGAUUUUCACUUACAUGUAUUACCCUGAAAUUAAAGGAUUAUCUUUGGAAGAGAUUGGGCAAAUUUUCAAUAAAGAAAAUGGAGUAGAUGUCAAUUACGUUUAUAGGAAGUAUCAUAUAUAA